GCGCAGUUCUCUAUAACGUUCGGUUUAAAAUUUUAUUUUACCGAUCGUUCUCAUUCGUGUGGUAUUUUGUUUUUUUUUUCGAAUCUCGUUUUCGGUGUGGGUUUGUUUUCGUCGGUGAAGAGCGUUAAAGAAACAUUUCAGUUUCACUCUUUCCAUUUUUCCUCACUUCUCCCAUCUAACAUUUGUGCCAGAGCACAGUGACGACAAGAAGUAAUAUUGCUAGUUAUAUUUUUCCAUCAGUGUGCGUAUUUUUUCAGCUAAUCGUGUUGUUGUUUCUUGUUAUUGUAUUGCACCUUACCCACCAACACUCUUUUAACAUUCUUAAGGAAUUUCAUUACAUCUCCUUUUUCUACUGAUUCGUUUUCACAGAUCACCUGAAAAGCAGAAUUAAAAAUUUAUAAUACAAAAAAAGCAACAAUAUAUUCAACGAACUUGUUGUUGCUAUUUCGUGAGUGUGUUUUCAUUGUUGGUCUCUUUUAUUAUUAUUGAUUCGUAGAGAAAUCCUAGCGGUUUGCAAGAUUAAAUAUCACACCUUUAAAAAAAAAAAGAAAAGAUACCUACCUAUACCUCUGUAUGACGACGGUUCACUUACGCAUUUUCGCAUUUUUGUUUCGCUUUAUAUGUGCCUGUUUCUACCUACUUAUAUUACAUACUCCCACCUACUUUUCAUAAUCGAAAUAUUUUACCUUUCUUUAGUUUUUUUUUUUUUGUUUAAAUUGAAAAAAAAGUGAGUUCAUAAAAUUUUGAGUGUAGAAAGUUUCUUGUUGCAGAAAAAUACUAGUGUACCACAAGAAACCGCCAUAAGGCCUGCACUUUUUACCAAAAAAAUAUUCACUCAUAAUAAAAGUGUAUAAAUGCAGAAAAUUUCGCAAGUGUUUCGUUAAGUCAUUAAAUGAUGAAAAAAAAAAUGUAUUUCAAUGAUCAGGAAGCCAUUAAAAGUUUAUAAUAAGUGAACAUAAGACCAAAAGAGAAGUAUCAAAAAGUGUAUUGGUAUUUGUAUGACAGAAUACCAUUGCAAAGAAGUGGAUAAAAUAUCAAAGAAUGUUGCUGUUGGUCUAAUGAGAGUGUAAAAUCAUGUAAAGUGUUGCCAGAUUCCAUUUACAGUAAAAGAAACAAGCUGAUCAAAAAGGAGAAAGAAAUAAGCGAUAAACGGCCUCAUAUUCAAGCUGCCACAUUAUCGAACUCACACACAUACACACAAACACACAUUGGUAUACCUUGUUCGAUUAAAAUAGAGAGGAAAAAAGUGAUCAGUGUAUUUUGUCAUUUUUCUUGUAAUAGUGUUGCCGCAUUCCAUAAUGCAAUUAUUAUUGAAAAUAAAAUAAGAAAAAAAAAAAUAAAGAAAAGAGAAAAAAACAUAAAGGAAUGCAUGUAGGUACUUAUGCUUCUUUUAUUACUAGCAAAACUUAACGAAUUAUCGCGCAACAUAUCAUCUACUAUAGUUGUUGUAGAAGACAAGAAAAAUUAUAUUUUUUUUUUUUGUGUAAAAUUAAUGUGCGCCUUGUAGUAGCUACAAGUAUUUAAUUACUUUGCUUGGACGUUAACCAUGAACGACCAUUUCAAACCACAUCCAACUUAACAACAUUUUUAUGAAUUGUUGUGCGCGAAAUAUUAGUUUUCUUAUUAAAAAAAUUGCUGUAGAUUUGUUGCAACACCACCUCCGUCAAGCAAUUCCACAUUCUAUAGCAGGAGGAGGGAAUUUAUAGCUGCAACCAGCAACAGUGACAACGAAGAUAGAAGUUGCAACUUAUGAGAGCUGCUUGCUGAUUACAACGAGAACUGGAAAACGAUGUAAUACAAGGAUAGACCAUACGCAGCGAUGUCACACCAAACACGCCGGGGGCCGCCUGUAGAGUGUCCCUUGGCGUCUUUAGGUCGCAACACAACCGCCUUGGAUACCCAACAGCAAUAUCAUCAUCCAUUGAGCUCAAGUCCGCUUAAUCCGCAAGUGUAUCAAAUGUCAAGGAAGUCUCCAGAUCUUAGUAUUGACACGGAUGACAUUAUAUACACAUCUUCGUCGGUAUCACAACAAGUUGGGGGAGAAAAUCAUCCCCAUUGUGGGAACAAUUUACCUGAGAUGUUUCAUUUAUCACGAAGCUCUUCAUCUUCCAUGGAGCAAGCUUAUGAUAUGCGACGAAAUCCACAAGUCAAUCAACAAAGCCGACAUAGGCCAGUGCCACCAAGAAAUUACACACCUAUCGAGAGUUUACUACAAUAUCGGGAAGCGCGGACACCGAGUGCGUAUAUUCUUCCCGCUGCCGAUAAUAAUGAGGACUCCAGCGAUGGGCCUAAAGUUAAUAGCGGGAAUGGUGGGGUUAAGGUAAAUGGCAGACGAAGUGUGCCACCAAAUGCAUCGUCUGUUGGAAGCGGGCAAUAUUUUCUGGAAAAGAAAAUGGAUCAAUUGUAUAUUCAAAGUGCCAUUCGGGGACUUCCUUUAGGAUCGGAGGCCAAUCAUUUCCAAAAUGAACGCUACUUCCUGGAGGACGAUUUAAGAAAUUUAUGCGAAUUUAAUGGAAGUGAUCGGUUGCAUGAAUCACAUUUGCUUCAUAGACCAUCGAGUCCGAGUGAGACUAGUGGUUCUGAUCGUUAUCUACUUGAUCGAACACAGGGCUCACCAGCAGCAUAUACCAACGUCAAUCAACAACGUGAUUCCUCGUAUUCCAAUCAUUCAUCAAAUGUCGGGCUUGACAAACGCUUCCACCCGUCAAAAGUGAAAAGUUUGUCUGAGGGCCUGUCUAAUUUCGGUCGCUUCUCUCCGAGUUUGGAUCAGGGUUAUGCCACUUUGGUUUCUCCUUCACCAACUGGCCAUCCAAUACCGGGACCAGGACCAUGGAGUAAAAAAGGACCUUGCCGGUCAGGCCCUGGCUUUGAUCGGCUACCAGAUGAGGCUGUAUUGAAGAUCUUGGGUUGGCUUGAUAGCUGUGAAUUGUGCAAUGUUGCUAGAGUGUGUAGGCGUUUUGAAAAUCUUGCAUGGCGACCGGUUCUUUGGAAAAUAAUAACCUUGAAAGGUGAACAUAUAGGCGGAGACAAAGCUCUCAAAAUGAUAUUCAGACAGCUAUGUGGUCAAAGUAGAAAUGGUUCGUGUCCGGAUGUGGAGAGAGUAAUGCUUUCGGAUGGUUGUCGAAUUUCUGAUAAAGGACUACUUUUACUAACACGAAGAUGUCCAGAACUGACGCACUUGCAACUACAAACUUGUAUUAGUGUUACCAAUCAGGCUUUGUGUGAUGUCUUGACAAAAUGCACAAAUUUGCAACAUUUAGAUAUCACUGGUUGCACUCAAAUCAUAAAUGUAAGCAUUAAUCCAGGACUAGAACCACCCAGAAGACUCCUAUUACAAUACUUGGAUCUUACCGAUUGUACUGCCAUAGACGAUAUUGGCCUUAAAGUUGUCGUCAAAAACUGCCCACAGUUGGUCUUCCUGUAUUUGAGACGAUGCAUUCAAAUAACAGAUGCCGGUUUAAAGUUUGUGCCAAGUUUUUGCAUUGCCCUGAAAGAGCUUAGCGUUUCUGAUUGCCUUAGUAUCACGGAUUUCGGUCUUUACGAACUAGCUAAGCUGGGAGCAGCUUUGCGAUAUCUUUCAGUUGCUAAAUGUGACCGAGUCUCUGAUGCAGGAUUAAAAGUAAUUGCACGACGAUGUUAUAAGCUUCGAUAUCUAAAUGCUCGCGGUUGUGAAGCAGUCAGUGAUGAUUCAAUAACAGUUUUGGCUAGAUCUUGUCCUCGAUUACGUGCUCUGGAUAUCGGAAAGUGUGAUGUUAGUGAUGCUGGCCUAAGAGCUCUUGCUGAGAGUUGCCCAAAUUUGAAAAAGCUUAGCUUACGAAAUUGUGAUAUGAUUACGGAUCGAGGAGUUCAAUGUAUCGCAUACUAUUGCAGAGGAUUGCAACAGCUCAAUAUACAGGAUUGUCAAAUUUCAAUUGAGGGCUAUAGGGCAGUGAAAAAGUAUUGCAAGAGGUGUAUAAUAGAGCACACAAAUCCAGGCUUCUGUUGAGAUCACAGUCUUAUUAUAUAGGUUUAAAUCCAUUGAAGCUGUAUACGAGUAGAAGAAAUGAAUGUCUGAAUGUGAAACUAUGAAUAUGCAAUGGUGGAAAGUAGAAUUGUUAAAAAAAAAAAACAAGCUGUUGUUUUGUUUAUCUAUUAUAACUAUUGUAUUUGAAAAUGUGCAAAUUUAGUUCAAAUAUUAGAAGAAAAUAUUUUUUAAUAUGUAUUUAAUUUCAUUAUAUUGAUAAAGUCUAUUAAAAAAAUGUCGUAUAAAUGUUGAUUUAAAUAUGUUUCUUGUAAAGUUUUUAUUAUUUCUAAUUUUUCUCUUUCUGCCAAUAUAUUUAAAUAU